ACUAAAUGGAGAUUUUCCAAGCAUGCAUAUGAGGGAAUGAAAUUUUUUCCUCUGCAUCAGUGACUCCCGUACGACGACCCACAGAAUGUGAAUCGUGAACCUCCAACAUCUACACCAAUAACUAACCCAUAAACCAAAAAACCCUAAUUUCUGAUCUCUCCUCAAAUUUUCACGUUAAUUUUCUUUUUUUAAAUGCAUAAAUUAUUCUCUUCCUCUAAUCUAUUCUAAAUUGACCUCUGAAUCCUCCAUUAGCGUUUCUGGUUUUCGAUUUCUUAGAUAUUUCUCCCUCUUUCAGUGGAUCAGGAUCGAUUUUUGGUAUAUUAGAGGUUUUAACAAGUGGAUGGUUUGAAUAAUUAUUGGAAGGUCAUAUAACUAUGGGCAGCAGUGAUAUGGAUAAACCAGUAAAGGAGAAAGAGGCAAAGACCCCGGCUGCCACUACUGCACAGGAGCCAUCUUCGACCCCCAGCACUGCCACAGUAAAUCCUGACUGGACAGGUUUUCAGGCAUAUUCUCCUAUACCUCCUCAUGGGUUCUUGGCAUCAAGUCCCCAAGCUCACCCAUAUAUGUGGGGGGUCCAGCAUAUUAUGCCUCCCCUAUGGACCCCACCAGAUCCAUACGUUGCAGUAUCCCCAUGCGAUAUGGCUCAUCCGUCGAUUCCUCCAGGGUCUUAUCCUUUUAGUCCUUUUGCAAUGCCUUCUCCAAACGGUAUUGCUGAGGCGUCUGGAUAUACUCCUGGGAGCACAGAAGCAGAUGGAAAGCCAUCUGAUGUGAAGGAAAAAUUACCCAUUAAAAGGUCCAAAGGAAGUUUAGGCAGUUUAAACAUGAUUACAGGGAAGAAUAAUGAGCUUGGUAAAACAACCGGAGCUUCUGCUAAUGGAGUUUAUUCGAAAAGUGCCGAGAGUGCAAGUGAAGGCACAAGUGAAGGAAGUGAUGCAAAUUCUCAAAACGACUCACAAAUGAAGUCAGGCGGGAGGCAAGAUUCUCUAGAAGGUGAUGCAUCUCAGAAUGGUGGGUCUGUGCAUGGUCCUCAGAAUGUAGGACAAGGUGCACCUAAUACAAUCAUGAAUCAGACUAUGUCUAUCAUGCCAAUACCUGCUACUGGUGCUCCAGGAGCUAUACCCGGUCCCACAACCAACUUAAAUAUUGGAAUGGAGUAUUGGGGAGCCCCACCUUCAUCUACUAUCCCUGCAAUCCGCGGGAAGGUUCCUUCUACUCCAGUUGCUGGAGGGAUAGUUACUACCGGAUCUCGAGAUACUGUUCAAUCGCAGAUUUGGCUGCAGGAUGAAAGGGAGCUAAAGAGACAGAGGAGGAAGCAGUCAAACAGAGAAUCUGCUCGCCGUUCUAGGUUGCGGAAGCAGGCUGAAUGCGAUGAGCUGGCCCAACGUGCUGAAGCCUUAAAAGAAGAAAAUGCCAAUUUGAGAUUGGAAGUAAAUCAGAUCAAGAGCGAGUAUGAGCAACUUCUUGCAGAAAAUGCAUCUCUCAAGGAGAGACUAGGGGAAUUUCCUGGGCAUGAAGAAUGUAAGGCUGGUAGGAAUGACCAACAAUUGAGCAACGAUACACAAAAGAACGGACAAACAGAGGUUGUACAGGGUGGUGGUGGUCACUAGGAUUAGCUACUCUGUUUGAUUCUGCAUUUUCAGGAGCUUACCCUAACCAAUUAGCAACAGGAAUUUCUUAUUUUACAUAGCUUGUAGUUUAAAUUAUCAAAAGCUGAUGUUUAAAGUUGUAGGACCUGUGCCUCUCAUACCCUCCUAAAUUUCAUAUUCAGUCUCUACCUGUAACGGUUCCAACUAGGAUAAGGAUGGUAAGCAGAGUGAUAUUUGGGUCAUACCCCGCCUUUUGAAGGGCUGUAUUUAACUCCACUUCUUACUCUUAUACAUAAACUUGCUUUCUUGAA